AUGGAGUCGAUUUCAUUGCGGUCCCUUUGCCUGUACGGCCUGUUGGCUACCUUCGCCGACGCUUCCCCGGUCGAGAAGCGCUCCAACAUCCAGAAGCGAGGACACUUCGUCGUUCCCAGAGUGCCCAACGAGAACUUUAAGGGCCACGAUGGCACGAGACAACUGAUCAAGGCUUACCGCAAGUUCAGCAUGCCCAUGCCCCCCGGUCUGCUCGAGGCCAUGGCCGCCCAGGCAGCCCAGAACCCCGAACCCGUCAAGGCCGAGAGCGUCAAGGCUGAGAGCCUCAAGUCCUUCGCCACGAACGGGACCAACGCCGCCGCCGGCGCGCCCGGGACCGGACUCACCACCGCCACCCCGAUCCGCAACGACGUCGAGUACGUCUCGCCCAUCAAGAUCGGCGGCCAAACAAUCAACGUCGACUUUGACAGCGGCUCCUCCGACCUCUGGGUCUUCACCUCCAUGCUCGACGCCCAGUCCCAGACCGGCCAUGAGCUGUACGACCCCACUAAGAGCCAGACCUCCAAGAUGCUCCAGGGAGAGCAGUUCAGCAUUCGGUACGGUGAUGGCUCUGGCGCCCAGGGCGUUGUCGGAACCGACGUCGUCGACAUUGGCGGAGCCGUCGUCCAGAACCAGGCCAUCGAGAUGGCCACUGCCGUCUCCCAGCAGUUCAUCGAGGACACCGCCAACAACGGUCUCAUGGGUCUCGCCUUCUCCAAGCUCAACACCGUCAAGCCCACCAUCCAAAAGACCUUCUUCGACAACGUCAUGCCCAGCCUCGCCGAGCCUGUCUUCACCGCCGACCUCCGCAAGAAGACCGUCGGUGCCUACGAGUUCGGCCGCAUCGACACCACCAAGUUCACCGGCCAGAUGAACUGGGCCCCCAUCAACACCACCAGCGGCUUCUGGCAGUUCUCCAGCGAGAAGUUUGCCGUUGGCAACGGCAAGGUCCAGACCGGCCUCGUCGGUGGCCAGGCCAUUGCCGACACCGGUACCACGCUCAUCCUCGCCAACCAGAACAUGGUCCAGGCCUACUACCAGCAGGUCCAGGGCGCCAAGAAUGACCAGACCGUUGGCGGUAUCACCUUCCCUUGCAACGCCAAGCUCCCCGAUCUGAUGAUGGAUAUCGGCGGUGCCUUCAUGGCCCGUGUCAAGGGCAGUGACAUCAACUUCGCCCAGGUUGACCAGCAGACUUGCUUCGGCGGUCUCCAAGCCACCACCUCCAAGCUCCAGAUCUAUGGUGACAUCAUGUUCAAGUCGCAGUUCGUCGCUUUCAACGGCGGCAACAACUCCAUUGGCAUGGCAGAGCACGUCGCCAGCAACCAAAAUGUAGUGGUCGGAGCUGGGUCUGGCGCAGCGGCGUAA